CCCUUCUUCUCCCCAUAAAACCCAUUCAAAAGUUUCAUUCUUAAAAUCACACACUCGUUCGCUCCUCUCAUAGAGAAGAGAGCGUUCAUAAAAACACAACAAAAAUCAUGGCAGACAACGAAAAUGGGCUCGAGCUCAGCGCCGAGCUGAUCGAGUCCAACUGGGAUCAGAUCACUGACAGCUUUGACAACAUGGACCUCAAGGCAGAGCUCCUCCGAGGCGUGUACGCCUACGGUUUCGAGCGUCCUUCCGCCAUUCAGCAACGUGCUAUCAUGCCUAUCAUCACUGGACGUGACUGUAUCGCUCAGGCUCAAUCUGGUACUGGUAAAACGGCAACUUUCUCCAUCUCCAUUCUGCAAAGGAUCGACACUACGGUCAAGAAGACUCAAGCUCUCAUUCUUGCGCCCACUCGUGAACUGGCUCAGCAGAUUCAAAAAGUUGUCAUUGCUCUUGGCGACUAUCUCAAUGUCGAAUGUCACGCUUGUGUCGGUGGUACUGCAGUCCGUGAGGACAUGGCCAAGCUCAACGAAGGCCCUCACGUAGUCGUCGGUACCCCCGGUCGUGUUUUCGAUAUGAUUAACCGUGGUGCCCUUCGUACCGACGGUGUCAAGAUGUUCUGUCUCGACGAAGCCGAUGAGAUGCUCUCAACCGGUUUCAAGGACUCCAUCUACGACAUUUUCCAACUCCUCCCCGCCGAUACCCAGGUUGUGCUUUUGUCUGCUACCAUGCCCACAGAUGUCCUCGAGGUGACUAAGAAGUUCAUGAGAGACCCCAUCAGAAUCCUUGUCAAGCAGGAUCAGCUUACUCUUGAAGGUAUCAGGCAAUUCUACAUCGCCGUCGACAAGGAAGAAUGGAAGCUCGACACACUUUGCGACCUGUACGAAACCGUCACUAUCACUCAAGCCGUCAUCUUCUGCUCGACCCGUCGCAAGGUCGACUGGCUCACUCAGAAGUUACACGAGCGCGAGUUCACCGUCUCUGCUAUGCACGGUGAGAUGGACCAGGCGCAACGUGAGGUCAUCAUGAAAGAGUUCCGUUCAGGUUCAUCUCGUGUACUCAUCGCCACUGACCUUCUGGCCCGUGGUAUCGAUGUUCAGCAGGUGUCCCUCGUCAUCAACUACGACUUGCCCGCCUCUAAAGAAAACUACAUCCACCGCAUCGGUCGUGGUGGUCGUUUCGGCCGAAAAGGUGUCGCUAUCAACUUUGUCACGACCGACGACCUCAAGAUGCUCCGUGAGAUUGAGCAAUUCUACAACACACACGUCGAUGAGAUGCCCAUGAACGUCGCCGACCUCAUCUAAGCCACUCUUGUUAAAUCAUCAUCGGGAGUAUCGAUUUAAUAUCACCACCUUCUUCCCCUCACAUCAAAUCUUCAUCCACCAGCGGUCUCUCUCUGUCCCCCCGACCGCCAUCUCGUCACUUUUUCCUGCCGUCAUGUGUCCAUCCUACUCCUGGUCUUCUCGUCGUCGCGGCCGC